AUGCGUGUAUGCUCUCACAGACUGUACGCGGUUUUACUUCUGGCUAUAUCCUUGCUGCAACUCGUGGCGUCAUUUAAAAGUUUCCAGAUUCGCAUCCCAAACGGGGAUUCUGUUCCUGGGGUCGGUCAUUUUCUUGUGGAGGGAACUGGGGCCAGGAACCAGUUCGGUCUAGACUUUGCAGGAGCCGGACUGAAAUGGACAGAAGCUCUUUGCCGGUCAGACUCGGACGGAGAUGGACGAACCAAUGGAGCGGAACUGGGUGACCCAGACUGUGUGUGGAAAGAACAUGAGAUCCCCAGAUUCAACACAAGCCUCUCUCAUCCAGGAAUCUGUGACCCCUGGGACAGUCCGGCUUGCCAGCAGCGGCAACAACCUGGAGGGCUGUGGGCUAGCCAGGGUCAGUGGCUGGCUGAGGUGUGUCGGACUGGUGGUCUUGAUUGUCCAGCUCUGGAGGAAGAUGGUGUGAAGAACUUGACUGUUCGGUUUCCCUCUGGAAGUCCAGUACCGACCAAGGAGACAACUUACAUCUGUAUGAUCUUUGACAUCUUUGAGCUGGGCUUGCCCCGGGACCAGGACUUUCACCUGGUUGCUGUGACACCUGCGUUAGACAACAAGGAUGUGCUCCACCAUAUUAGUCUCUCUGCUUGUACAGGUGGUAAACCCUACGAAUGUGGCGCCCUGGCGGCCUCCGCCUGCCAAGAAUUUCUCUACGUGUGGACUGUGGGUAGAGACGGCGAGUGUUUCAACCAACAAGCUGGGAUGAGGAUAGGACGAAAUGGCUACAGAACAAUUUCCUUAGAGUUGCACUGGAACAACCCUGAGGGUAAGGCUGGACUAACGGACUCUUCUGGGCUGGUUCUACACUACACACCCAACUU